AUGGAAGUGAGGCAAGAUCCUUUCGACCCCCACAAAGGGCUAUUUAAAAUCGAACCAGACCGUGUUUUCGUUCGACCAGAGGGAACUCAUGUUUGUGAAAUUAAACAGGAAAUUAUCGAAUGUAUAGAACCUAAAAUGGAACAAUGGUCGGAUUUGCCGGUAAAGAUUGAGGACACCAGCGAUGUUCGCGGCGUUAUUGGCACAGAUUUAUUGGUGGUUAAAAGUGUUAAACAAGAAUUUAGUUACCAUGUUCCGUUUAAAAUUGAAAGCGAUCUUUUGACAUCACAUUGUGAUUUACCGACUCUAAAAGAAGAAAGUACUGUUUAUCCGGACGAUUUCGAACAGUCGUGUAGCAGUAAACUAGUAGAAGCCGAAAGGAUAACGAAAUCCUUAAAAAGUGCCGUGAAAUAUGUUCAUAAUAAAAAGAAAAGUGGAUACACAUGUCCUGUCUGCCUAAAAAGUUUUCCCUGUUCAAAAUCAAAAUUGAAGCAUAUCCUCGGAAAAUUUGGAAAUUGUUCUGCAAAAAAUCGGUCACAAUUUUGGAAAGAAAAACAGCCCAAUGGCAGCGUUGGAAAAUACCACCAGGAUUGCUUCUAUUGCGGACGAUUUUUUCUUAAUCGGUUGCAGUUUUUAAAACAUUUUAUCAUUUUCCAUUAUGUAAAAAACUGUAUCAAAUCACUUCCUAAAUGCAAAUAUCCCUUAAAAGUUGAGCACAAGAAAAUACAUACCGCAAGAAAACUACUCAAAUGUAAAGUCUGUUCUAAAGAUUUUAAACAUAAAAGUAAACUACUUCGUCAUUUAAUAAUUCACACUAAUAGUAGACCGUUCAAAUGUGAAAUGUGUUCAAAAAAGUUUAGGCGGAAGUGCCAUUUAAAUAGACACUUAAACAUUCACACUGAAGAAAAACCGUUCCAGUGUGAUAUAUGUUCGAAUCAAUUUAGGCAAAAGUCCGAUUUAAAAAGACACUUAAACAUUCACUCUAAAGGAUAUCCUUUCAGAUGUACAAUAUGUUCAGAACAGUUUAACAAGAAACCCCUUUUAAACAGACACUUAAAAAUUCACACUGGAGAAAAGCCGAGCAUGUUAUUGUGUACAUGUACAAUAUGUUUCAAACAGUUUAACCAUAAAUCUCUAUUAAAUAGACACUUUAAAAUCCACACUGGAGAAAAACCAUUCGUGUGUGCCAUAUGUUCAAAACAGUUUAACCAGAAACCUCAUUUAAAUAGACACUUAAAAAGUCACAAUGGACUAAAACUGUUCAGCUGUGAAAUAUGUUCGCUACAAUUUACGCAAAAAGCCAAUGUGAGAAGACACUUAAAAAUUCACACUGGAGAAAAACCAUUUAAGUGUGAAAUAUGCUCGAAACGGUUUAGACACAAGAGCGAUUUAAAUUUACACUUAAACUGUCACGCUGAAGAAAAACUAUUCAAGUGCGAAAUAUGUUCAAAACAAUUUACACAAAAAUCCUCUUUGGAAAAACACUUGAUAAUUCACACUGGAGAAAAACCAUUUCAGUGUGAAACAUGUUCGAGACAAUUUAACCGUAAAACUAAUUUAAAUAAACACUUAAAAAUUCACACUGGAGAAAAACCAUUCAUGUGUGCAAUGUGUUCGAAGCAGUUUAAGGAUACAUCAGGUUUGAAAAGACACUGUGCAACAUGUCCGAAUCAGAUUAGCCAGAAUCCCCAUUUAAAUUUACACUUAAAAAUGCACACUGAAGAGAACCUGUUCGAGUGUGAAAUAUAUCCGUAA